AUGGCAUAUGAAACGAUCAGGAUUGCGCCGCGUGCGAAUGACUUCACAGAACUCUCAGCACACCAAGAACAAACACCUGGCACAUUUUUUGGUGGUCGAGCAGUGCUGCAUCUGCAAUGCGCGAACUCCAAGCUGCGUAUUGCACGGGACGAGCUAGCUACACAAGCAGACUUCGCUGCACUAGGAGACAACACGAAUGAUGACGAACUGGAUGUGGAGAUCGCCAGCAUCGACGUUUGGGUCGCGACGCGACACCUCACGCUUUGGUCGACAGCGAAGAACACGGGCAUCCAACUCCCAUACACAACCAUCACCCUUCACGCCCAAGACCGGGAUGCCGUACUCCUUCAGCUCAGCCUCUCCGACGCCAACAUGACCGCCGACGAGGACCUUGAAUCCCUUACACUACGUAUCGUGCCAAACGCGGCAGGGAUGAGCGAGACCACAACUUCGGUCGAGCAAGAGCACCCGAACGGCAACGGACGCGCUACAUCACCUGAACAACGUCUAUACGAAGCUAUAUCCGCCUGCCAAGAGCUCAAUCCAGAUCCGAAUCCGGAAGGAUCAGAUGAGGAAGGAGCGUUUGAUGAGAUGGCACCGGGGGCUAGUGGGUGGAUUACUAGCGAGAAUAUGGGUGACCUUAUGGACGAGGAUGGGAACUUUCGCAUGCCGGAGGGUAUGACAGUGGUUGAAGGAGCAGAGGAUGAGGAGAUUGUGCCGUUGGGAGCAGGUGCCGGUACUAGAAGAACGGCCGCCGAUCUUGAUGCGGAGGACGGCGAUCAGGAUGAUGGGAAAUGGCAGAGGACGGGAUGA